GAGCCGCUUCCCGGCACUGACCGGGGGGGCCUGCACGUCCCGGCGUGCGGGGAACCGGCUAACCCCGGCCGUGAGGGAGCUCCCGGCGGCUGCAGGCACCCCUCGGUACGGCGGUGCGGGAAGGCUGGAGCGGCGCCUCGGACCGCAUCUCCCUCCUCCGGAAACCAGCCAGCAUCAUCGCAUACCGAUAAUUUGAGUCGCUUCAUGACCGUCUAGUCUCCUCUGCUUUCAGGGUGCUAUGGCUUAACUACAGCCUAAAAGUUGCUGAUUUGACUUGAGCAAAAAUUACCUAGAUGAGGUACCUCGUGGGAUGAGGAUGCUGCACCUGCCAGAGGUGAUUAGGGUUUGGUUUCAACAUUUCGUGUGCCCGCUGCUUCAGGAAGGUGUUGACUUGCUCAGAAAUACGAUCCCAGACCCUUAAACCUGACAUCAUUUCGCAGAGAAAACCUGUUGCUCCCACUUUCUUUUAAGCAGUUGAAAUCCGUUGCUGGAUCUCAAGGCCAUUUUCAUAAACAAGAAAACAUAAGUUCCAGUGUGGUUCCUGAAAUUUUUGGAAUUUGACUAUUAUUUUGGCAUAACCUUUUUGACUCUCCUUUAAUCUAAGUUUUCCAUGCCUGGACAAAACUCCAGCAGGGCAAACCAGAUAGAUCCUAACAGAGUUGCAGCCUUUUGCAGGAAAAGGUGGACUAAUGAUGAAUCACUUCAUGAUUCUGGCACUACUGCUUCCCCUGAGGACGUGCUACACUACAUACUCACAGCAAGAAUCCAAUGUGUUUCCAGUAACAUACCUUAACGUUUCCAAGGAUUUAGAUCUUCAGCGGCUGCUGGUGGAAUGGGAUGUUGUCAAGUCAGCACAUGAUGCUGAGCUGGCAAUAUCUUUUGAAAUACAAGUCCGUCGACUCGAUGAAGCUACAACGGUGUGGACAGAGUUUCUUAAUGUCACACUUGAUAAAUUGGGUAAACCUCUUCAUUGGUCAUGGGAUUCAGACAUACCUUUGGAGUGUAUGUCACAUGCUGUGAGAAUUAGGAGCAAGGCAAAAUCAUCAAAAAUCUGGAGUCAGUGGAGUUUGUGGGAGACUGUCCCGGGCCUGGACACUUCAAAUAGAAGUGGGCCACAAAUCUUUCCAAAAGAAAAAUUUUUAGCAGAAGGCUCUGAUAUCACUCUUUGCUGCAUAGGAGGGAAAGGUCAAACCAUUAAGGAAUUUUCUGUAUACCCAGCUGUUGAUGUUUUCAAGUACACAAACAGUCAAGUCAGACUUCUCACUGUGGAAAAUCUAUCACAUGACAAAGGGUCUAACAUACAUGUCUACUGUUACGAUGAAGAUGAACGGUUGUAUCAGGCAGCUUUUUUUGUGGGUAAACCACCUGAUACACCUAAAGAUUUUUACUGCCAAACUCAAGACAUGAAAAGAGUAACAUGUACUUGGACAGAAGGAGAGACCUAUCUCUAUGGACAGAAUUUACCACGAUACACCUUGUCUAAAACGUCAUCCCAGAAAACACCUCUGUGCAAAGCAAGUUGUUCUAAGCAGUGCUCCUGCUCUUGGGAUAUAGGCCAGCAGUGGAUCUGGAAUGUCACAGUGACUGUGGAAAACCCACUGGGAAAGAAAACUGCUGCAGAUGUUUUUGAUGUAAAUCACAGAAUUUAUCCCACUGCACCUUUCCAGGUUUGGGAAGAUUGCACAGAUACAGAAAUUACAUUACACUGGAAUUAUGAAAACUAUGAAAUUGACCUCUUUUGUCAGACUGAAGUGCUCCAACCUGACGGCAAAGUAGAACUGCACAACAGCUCUGAGGUGGACUCAAAGCGUGUCACGGUGCGUGGGCUGCAGCCGUACACUGAGUACACGGCCAGGGUGCGCUGCGGGGUGGCCAAGCACUUCUGGAGGUGGAGUGAGUGGAGCCAACCCCUGACCACCAGAACAAAGGAAGGAACUCCAUCAGGGAAACUGGACAUAUGGAGAGAAAUUACACCAGUUCUGGGGGGACGAAAUGUGACCUUGUUCUGGAAGCAAACACCAAGUUUUCAAGCAAAUGGAAAAAUUAUUUCCUAUGAAGUAACCUGGGAAAAAAUAGAAGAUGGCUCCAAGCCUGAAAGCAUCUCCUUUUCUUCAGUCUACAACAGCACAAGGAUUUUCAUUGAUAACCAUUCCUAUAGAAUCAGUAUCAUGGCAAAGAACAAUGUUAAUUUUUCACUUCCUUCAGUAUUGAUCAUCUCUAGAGCUACAGAUAACAGUAUCAAAAAGCUUAAGGAAGGACAGGUUAAUGGUACAGAUGAUGGCAUUUUUAUCACGUGGGAGCCCAGAAGUAUAUAUGACAGUUACAUUAUUGAUUGGUGUAACUUUCCCAGGUUGCAGCCUUGUGAUUUGCUGUGGAAGAGAUUUGGACCAAACACUUCCAGUGCUGUGAUCAGCUCAGCUGCUUUUGUUCCGGGGGUGAGAUACAAAUUCCGCAUCUAUGGCUCUGUUGCUAAUAGAGCCUCCUUGCUGGAAAAGAAGAUUGGUUAUCUCAGGGAGCUGCCUCCUCGUCUUGACCCUAUUGUGAGAAAAGUUGACCUAAGUUACAAUUCAGUAACACUGUCUUGGGAUUCUUAUCUCACAAAUGAGUCAGAGCCUGGUUUUAUAAGAGGCUACCAUGUUUAUGUGUCACCUAUAGAAGGGAACUGCAAUCUGAAAGGAUCUAAAAAGCACAUUCUUUCAGAUGAAUCAGAGCUAUGUAAAUACACAAUUGACAACCCAGAAGAAAAGAGAUACACCGUGAAACACCUGAUGCCAAACACAAAGUACAAAAUAGUGGUUAAAGCAUUUACAGGUGGAGGAGAGACUCCCAUUGUUAACUUUAGAUACAUAGAUACGCCAUAUAAUUCAAACAUGCUGUACUUUGUUGCUGUGCUAGUGAUAGUUCCAGCCCUAGUAGCAGCUAUAUGCCACUGGAAGAUGAUGUGGGUGAAGGAGUGCUGCUGUCCUGUAAUACCUAGUCCUAGUAAGAGCAAAGUGCUGUCAUUCAAAGACUUUAAGAUUGAUUCUGAGAAAGUGCUGAAGAUAAAUGACUGCCUUCCUGACAUGCUAGCCAUUGACAGUAAUGCUGAAGCUCAGAAAUUGCAUCCUGUUACCUGGAGCCCAUUAUCUUCAACACCAACUGAAGAUAUGAUUGAUGGUCACAUUUCUUCCUGGAUUUACCCUAGUGAAAACGUAGCGAGAAACUUCGCACCCACACCUACACCUCAAACUCAUACUUGUUUUGAGAACUUUGCUUAUUCUUCUCCACUUAAGACUGAAUCUGAUCCCUACCAAAUACCGAAGACACUGGAAGCAGGCAAGACAAAUCAGGCAGUGGUGCUGUACCAGCCUCAAUGCUAUUUAGAUAUUUUUCAUGAGGAUGCAGCCUCAACCACCAGAGAAACAGCUGAAAGAAAGAACAGUCUGAAAUACAUCUCACAAACAGAUGCACGCUGUCUGGGUGGGAGGCUUUGAACUUCUGUCCUCCAGUGAGUCCAUCCAGUGUUUGGCUAUAUACUAUAAAUGAGAAUUCCUAAAACCACAACUUCUUUGGAUUAGGUCUCUCACAAACCCAGCUGCCUGACUUCCAUUAAUAUGGCAAAGCUGUUGUUUCUGGACUAGUUUUGAGUACUGUUUUACACAGGAAUUAUGUGUGCUAUGGUUCCAUUACAACUUACAGGCAUUAGAUGAGAUUUAUAGGCUGAUUUGUGGCCUGUAUUAUGCAGGAAGUUACAUCACAGCAAUCUGUCAUGGGCUCAUACAGAGAACUGCUUUAGUUUGCAGAGAUUAAAACUAUUUGUAGAGGAGCAAAUGAAACAAGGGGGAAGGUUGUGCUGUUCAAGGAGUGUAUUUCUCUUGCAGUGUUCUGUGUGCUGUGGCCACCCCAGCCAAUGGGUACUGUGCUGCGGAGGGUGGAGCAUUGCCCAGCCCAGUCAUUUUAGGGGCUGGGUUGUAUUUUCUCUCUCUCAAAUGAUGUCAAGAAUCAUUGUAGCAGCAUUCCCUGCACACACUGCGGCUCAUUC